AUGGCCAAUCGACGAAUCUUUUCUUCUUCUUCUUCUUCUUCUUCUUCUUCUUCUGUCACUCAUGAUUCAUGGACACAUGAGGUCUUUCUAAGUUUUAGAGGUGAGGAUACACGCACCAAUUUUACAGAUCAUUUGUACAAGGCCUUGUCCGAUCAGGGCAUCAUCACCUUCAUUGAUCGUGAGCUUACAAGAGGAGAAGAAAUGUCCCCAGCCUUUCUCAAAGCAAUUGAAGAGUCAAGGUUUUCUCUCAUUGUAUUCUCUGAAAACUAUGCAUCCUCAAGGUGGUGCUUAGAUGAACUUGUCAAGAUCCUUCAGUGUAAAGAACGAAAGCAACAAAUAGUUUUGCCCAUAUUUUACAAGGUGGAUCCGUCCCAUGUACGAAACCAAACAAAAAGUUAUAGAGAUGCAUUUGCUGAACAUAACUGCAGAUAUAAGGAUAACAUGGAGAAGGUGCUAAAAUGGAGGAACGCUCUUAGAGAAGCAGCAAAUUUGUCCGGACAUAUUUUCAAGGAUGGAGAUCCAGUUGGAAUUCAGUCUCGUAUACAAGGUGUGGAAAAGCUUUUAGAUGUUGGUGGGAAGGGUCGUCGCAUGGUUGGGAUAUGGGGGACAUCUGGAAUAGGCAAGACAACAAUUGCAAAAGUAGUUUACAAUGCAAUUGCCCACCAGUUUGAAGGAAGUUGUUUCUUGGUAGAUGUUAGAGAAAAUUUAAUGCCGCAUAAUGGAGGAUUAAUCCAACUGCAGGAGACUCUUCUUCAUGAGAUUCUAGGUGCCAAAAGGUUGAAAAUUGUCAGCGCUGAUAAAGGGAUGAAUGUUAUACAGAAACAGUUGAGUCAUAAAAAAAUUCUCUUAAUUCUUGAUGAUGUGAAUCAAUUGGAGCAAUUAGACAACUUGGCUGGAGUUGGUUGGUUUGGUGAGGGAAGUAGAGUCAUCAUAACUACACAAGAUAGCGGAUUGCUAAAAUGUCAUGGAAUUGAGUUGAUAUACAAGGUCCAGAAGUUAUGUGGCGACCAAGCUCUUGAGCUUUUCAGUUUGAAUGCCUUCGGAAGCAACAAACCUCCAAACGAUUAUUUGGAACUCACACAACGUGCAAUAGCCUAUGCUCAAGGACUUCCACUAGCUCUAACGCUUUUAGGUUCCCAUCUUCGUAAUAAAGGUGUACAUCGUUGGCAAGCUGUAUUAUUAGAUGGUUACGGAGGAGAUUCUUACACAAGUAUUCAAAAAAUACUUAGAAAAAGUUAUGAUGCCUUGAAAACUUCCGUGCAACAAGUUUUUCUAGACAUUGCAUGUUUCUUCAAGGGUGAAGAUAAGGACUAUGUGCUACAAAUAGUAAGCAAAGUACUCAUUGAGAAGGCAAUGAUAACUAUUCAAAGCAAUAUGAUUUUGAUGCAUGACUUGCUAGAACAACUAGGUAAGGAUAUAGUUCACGAAGAAUCUUCCAAUGAUCCUGGCAAGCGUAGUAGACUAUGGUUUCACCAGGAUGUAUUCCAAGUUCUAACAGAAAACACAGGUACAAGAAAAAUUAAAGGUAUCAUGGUGAAGUGUCCAAAGCCAAAUGAAAUACCCUUGAUCUUGAAUGAAAAAAGCUUAUCUAGGAUGGUAAAUCUUGAAAUUUUCAUAAACCCUAAUGCAGUUCUAUCUAGAUGCAUUGACCAUCUGCCCAACGAGUUGAGGUUGAUUGAUUGGGGUAGAUGUCAGUUACAAUUUUUCCCAUCCAAUUUUCAUGCAAGGCAUCUUGUUGUAUUCAAUAUGCCUUGUAGUGAUAUUAGACAAUUAGAGAUAUUUAAAAAUUGCCCAAAUGUGACAUCUAUAAAUUUAAGUGGGUGUGAAUUCUUAGAAAAAAUCUCUGACUUAUCUGGAAUCCCAACCAUAAAGUUCUUGAAUCUAAGUGAGUGUACAAGUUUGGUUGAGGUUCAUGAUUCUGUUGGAUUCCUUGAUAAACUUGUUAAGCUGGAUCUUAGAGAAUGCGUUAAGCUUACGAGGUUCGCAACAAGACUUAGAUUGAAAUCCCUUAAAAGUCUUUGUGUUCGUAAUUGCCAAAGGCUUGAGAGUUUCCCAGAAAUAGAGGACGAGAUGGAAUGCCUAACGAUUUUGAAUAUGGAUGGAAGUGGCAUAAGGGAACUGCCUUCAUCAAUUGUAAAUCUUACAAGGCUUCAAGAAUUGAGAGGUGAUCAUUGUGAGAACCUUACAGUUACGUCAUUAGGUAGUGUAUGUGGAUUGCAACACCUCACUGAUCUGAGUUUCAAAGGGUGCCGAAAACUCCUUACAUUCCGCGAUAAGGUGAAGUCUGAAGUUUCAUCCAGCAAUACCAAAUUACAGCAGCUUUUAACCUGCGUUUUUUUUUAUCUCCACGGAUGCAAUUUCUCAGAAAGUGAUUUCCUCGUGCCUCUUGGUUGCUGGAACGCAUUAACAGAACUUGAUUUAUCGGGAAACAAUUUUGUCACGCUUCCGGGAUGCAUUAGCAACUUUGUCAACUUGUUGAUUCUUAGAUUGCAUGGUUGCAAGCGGCUUCGGGAAAUUCCAGAAGUGCUUCCACCAACAGUAGCUUGGUUAUACCUGCCUAAUUGCACAGCAUUGGAAAAUUUUCCAAAAUUGACCCAGGGGGUUUGGUGGCUGGAUUUGGUCAAUUGCUUUAGACUACGCGGCAUCGUUACAGAAAAUAUUUUUCUGAAUCAGCUACCACGUUCUGUAUCCAAAAUUAUACUUCCAGGCAAUGAAGUCGAAAUUAUACUUCCAGGCAAUGAAGUUCCAAAGUGGUUCAGGUGUUGUAAAGAUGCAACCGUAGUUGAAGUAGAUCUUGAUUCAGAUGAGGAACGCGUUGCUGGAUGUGAAGUUUGUUUUGAAAUUCCUCCAAAUGUAAAAUGGCAGUCGACCUUAAGUUUACUUCUAUGUGUUAGUUAUCAUGAUCCUUAUUAUUUUCAUGCCAAGAUUCUUAUCAAUGGAAAACUCAUCAAUGAGAUAUGGGUUAGGGAUGAGGAUCCAACAGAGACACAGGAAACUCAUAUGUGGCUCAAGUGUAUUUCAUUAUCAGAUUUGAAUCCGCAAGGGAAAGGAAGAAAGACGCCAAUGCAGCAGGGUAAUACUAAUACGUAUAGAUUUCAAGUUAUAUUUAACUUCCCAGACCCAGAUGGAGGGCCGAUAGGCUUUAAAACCUGCGGGGUUCACCUACUAGGCCACCAGGUACAGGUUGACGAUGAUGAAUGA